AUGACGAUCCCUCAUCUGGAACUGCUUGCUGCCACCAUAGGAGCACGACUUUGGCACUCAAUAAAAGAUGCAGAAGAUUUCGAGGAAACAGAAGUUUUCUUUUGGUCAGAUUCAGCAAUCGUUUUAGCGUGGAUACAAAGGAACAAACAAUGGAAUACAUUUGUUGAAAAUAAAGUCAAGGAAAUACGUUCCUUAUCAAAUCCAGAACAAUGGCACCACGUACCCGAAUCUAUGAACCCAGCUGACUUGCCCUCAAGAGGAUGCAAAGCUAAACAGUUGGUGGAAUCACAUUGGUGGGAAGGCCCGACGUGGCUUAAACUAUCUGCAAAUCAAUGGCCUUCAUCUGUCUAUAGCGAAAAUGAAGAAGAAAUCGACGUUGAGGCGAAGAGAUCAUACAAAAACAAAAAAGAAGUUAAUACAUGUAUAUCCAUUUUACAGGAAGAGACGGGAUGGUACAUGCAAAAUCAAUCCAAGUAUCUAAAAAUAAUAAGAACUACAGCUUGGAUUCUACGAUUCCUAACUAACUGUCGAGUUCAACAAUCCGCUAGACUUUCAGGAGAGUUAUCUGCUAGAGAAUUCAUCGAGGCAGACUUAACAGUUUUCAAGUUGACUCAAAAGGAAUCAUUCAACGAGAAGAGUGAACCACGGUUCAAUACACUCGGCACAUAUACAGACGAAAAUGGAUUGUUACGUCUGAGAUCUUUAAUAAUUAAUCGCAACGAUGAGUAUAAUUUUCGACAUCCGAUUCUAUUGGAUCCAAAACAUCCUCUAGUAAAAAAACUAAUUGAGUACAGACAUCAGCAGCUUAUGCAUGCAGGAACGCAAAUUGUGAUGAGCAAUUUAAGAGAAACCUUUUGGAUACUCACAUGUAGAAGAGCAGUACGUUCAGUGAUAAAUAAUUGUUGGACGUGUAGGCGUCAUCAAGCCAAGAAAGCCGACGCUAUCCCUGGCAGUCUACCACAGGAACGUGUAAAAGAAGCCAAUAUAUUUGAGAUCACAGGCAUUGAUUAUAUAGGACCUUUAUUUUUGAAGAAGAAUCAAAAGGUAUGGAUUUGCUUAUUCACCUGUACUGUAUAUAGAGCGAUCCAUUUGGUGCUCACCACAUUGUUACGUCCAGGACCCAAAGGUAUUUUUAUCUUAGUGGAAAGAAGGAAUUAG